ACCAGGAAGGAAAUUUGACCUCUCACUUGUUCUCGAUCGCAGUAUUACGCGCGAGCGAGCGGUUAGCCAUUUACAACGCUCUAAAUAGCCACCAGGAAAUAUAUAGACUAUUAUUUCAGUUUAGAGGAUUUAGGGUCUGAAAUUAUAAUUACAGCAAAAACACUGCUCUGUACACGCGAAACCGUGCAUUUGACUAGCAUAGGGGCUAGCUAGGGCUAUAUCUUAAGUUUCUUCAGUCACGCGGUCGCGGGACGAUCCGAUCGCGCGCACUUGACUGGUCAGCUAACGCUAGUACGUGCAUACCCUAGAUCGUGGUGGCCAGUACUCAGCAGGUAACUCUGAACAGAAAUACUGAGCACCACGACACAUCACCUCCACCAGGCGGGCAGGAGGAAGCACGCAAAAGCGAAACUAAGGAGGCAGAUUGUGGAGAUGUCCAAGGCUCCAAAAUCCCCAUCCCACUCCCGCUCGCGGUCUGGGACAAGGUCCCGGUCCCGGUCCUUCUCCCGGUCGCGCUCCCGGAGCCGCUCACGGUCACGGUCCAGGAAGCACCGCUACAGUUCUAGGUCCCGCUCCCGCUCCAGAUCCCAUUCCCCAGCCCACAACCGCGACCGGAACUACCCAAGAGAGUACCAGAACAACCGUGAGUUUCGGGGAUAUCACCGAGGCUUCCGCAGGCCCUACUAUUACCGUGGGCGUGGGCGGGGCUACUUUCCACGAGGCCGCUACCAGCGUGGUGGGGGUGGCGGCUACAACAACAACUACCGACCCAACAACUGGCAGAACUACCGACAACACCCACAGCAACAGCAGCAGCAGCCGCAACACCACCAGCACAGCCCCAGGAGAGGGCGCUCACGAUCACGUACGCCCAAGAAGCGCUCGGGAAGCCCACGCUCUCGUAGCCGCUCCCGCUACUCUGAUCGCUCCUCCUCAGGCCACUCCCGCCGCUCUUCUUCAUCUUCUUCACGCUCCUCAUCCCCACGUCGCCGCUCUGGCUCAACUAAGCGGAGUAACAAGGAUGUGAAAGAGAGAUCAGCAUCCAAGGAGGCACAGCAAGCUGGAGGUGGUGAUGGGGAGGCGACUGAGGAGGUUAUUGGCAGGGAAAGUGGAGCCCCAGACGAGGGGGCUGCACCUGAAAAGACUGGCAGCAAUUGGCAGGGCCUGACUGACUAUAGCAGUAGCCCUAAAAGAGCCAGCCCACAGGUGCGUUCUGCUGUCAUUGUCAGUCAGACAGCAUCAGCCAGCAGCCACCCCUCCCCCUCCCCCAAGAGCUCCAGUGCCUCAGGCAGCAGUGCUGCCCCUUGGCAGAGCACAAGCGCCACACCCUCUGGCAAGAGCCCUGCUGAAAAAAGUCCCACCACCAUCUUCUCUGGCAUUGGGUUUGUUCCCAAAGAGGACCACAGGCCGGGAGAAAAGACUGCACUCUCCACAGCAUUUAAAAAGUUCCUGGAGGAACACAAGAUAAAAAAGCAGGCAUCUGAAUGGGAGAACGGUCGAGAGAAGGAGGUGAUCUCUGGAGACACCGAGAGGGAGAAAGGUAAUGGCAAGUCUGGUAGUCUCCUUGCCACAAAGGCUGUUGACUAUGGCGGCAAGGUCGAGAAGGAGAAGUACAAGUAUGGAGACGGGUUUGAGAGUGGCCCGUCGUCCAGUACCUUCAUGAAGAACUCGCCCUUCCUCUGUGGCGAAGCCGAGGAAGAAGAGGAGGAGACGGCACCCGAACCACGGGCGAAGCUCCGGAAGGAGCGCGAGGGCGAGGAUGAGCCCCGCCCUAAAAGCAAGGCUACGCUCUCUACCCGGGAGCUCUUUGAGGAGCGCUUUGGCAAGUGGGAUGACACAACCUACUUCUCCACAACCAAAGAGCGUGUGCGCAAGGAACCAGAGGCUACUGACGACCUGGAUGACAUAGAGGAGGAGCUAUACCGGAGCCGGAAACAGGAGAGGGCUGCGGCCAUGGCCAAGAGAGAGGCCUAUAGGGGCUUUUCCCCAGACAAGGCACCGAAGGCUAGGAAGAAGGAACGGGCAGGUUCUAGCCCAUCUCCACCACCCAGGAGGAGCUCAGAAAACAGGGAUAGGGAGAUGUUCAUGGUCCGGAAAGAUGAUUCGCCUCCUAGGGUCUCUGGGAAGAGAGGGGCUGAGUUCAGUGUUAGAAUGGACCCCUUUCAAGAUGACCUUACAAGCUCCUUUGGGAUCUUGGCUCAUGAGCGCCGGAUCUCAUGCGAUCUUGUUCACCCGGCUAAGAAGGAGCAAAAGUUUCGCUCCAUUUUUCAGCACAUUCAAGCUACCCAGCUGCGCAGAAGCCCAUCAGAGCUGUUCGCCCAGCACAUUGUCACCAUCGUCCACCAUAUUAAAGCACAGCAUUUCCCAUCUUCUGGGAUGACUUUAAAUGAGCGCUUCGCCAUGUACCAAAGGGCUGCCGAAAUGGAAAUGAUGAAGCCAAGGAAAAGCCCAGAGAUACACAGGAGAAUUGAUGUUUCUCCCAGUGCUUUUAAGAAGCACUCUCACCUGUUUGAGGAGAUGAAAAGCUCCAGGGAAAGCAGCUACAAGGACGAUGGCAAAAAAUCAAAGAGUGACUCAAUGGACCUGCGGCUGGACAUUGAGCGCCGUAAAAAAUACUCAGGCAAGGAGCACGAUCACAAACGGGAUGCAGGACGUGAUUCUGGAGACUCCCCGGGGUCAAGCAGGGAGAGGUCCACCGAGAAGUUCACCAAGUAUCACAAAAAGUCCAAGAAAAGCAAGAAGAAGCGUGAACGCUCUCGCUCUUCCUCCUCUUCCUCCUCUUCCUCACACUCCCAUACCCAUGCACAUCGGGCUGCCGAGUACCCCCACGAGGAGGCUGAACCUAGAGAAGAGGGCUUCAACAAGGCCCGCCUGGGACCCAGAGAUUUCGGAGGCCCAAUGGAGAGAGGCCGGGCUCGUGGUGGCUUUCAGUUCAGAAUAAGAGGCCGGGGCUGGAACAGGGGAAACUACCCAGGUAACCACAGCAAUGGCAACCCACCCAACAUGGGAAUGCCUCCGCAUCCCAAGAAUGAGGACUGGGACCCAGAGUACACCCCUAAGAGCAGGAAGUAUUACUUGCAUGAUGACCGUGAAGGAGAAGGGGAGAAGAAGUGGGUGGAUACGCGUGGCCGUGGUAGGGGCAACUUUGUGCGUGGCCGAGGCCGCUUCAUCUUCCGCAAGACGGCCACCAGUAGCAACAGCAGCCCCAAGUGGACCCACGACAAGUUUCAGGGCAGUGGAGAGGAGGGUGAACUGCAUGAUGAAGACAGCGAACAGGACCAUAAGGAGGAUGAUAAGGCUGUGGGGACUGCUGGGGCCGAGCAGUAAGGCGGCCCCACUCUGGCCCCCAGGAUGCCCUCCAACCCUGUCUUUUUUUUUAAAAUAACCAUUAAAGAUGCUUUCUUGAACUAAACCACAUUGCUAGUUGUGUAGAGGCACCCAGCCGUGUUUAACCACUUAAAUACACAAAAUAUAUUAGGUAGAGUUGAGGGAAACACUGCAGCCGUAACUUUUUUUUUUU